ACCUGCCGCACCUCUGGCGGGGCGUAUGACUGUGAUGUGUCCAGUAAACGGGAGCUUUCCAUAAAUCGUAUGUUUUAGUUUUUAACAACUUUAAAUGUGCUGAAUUCUUUCGCCGCCUCGCAUCCACGCACUUUAUCACUCGAAAACGAUACAGUCGACGAUCUGAAGAUGAAGAAAGAAACGGUGGGGAAGACGCGUCACGUCGUGCCCUGGAUGAACAAAGCGGAGUACGAGCAUGUGCUGGAGUAUUUGUACUCGAAAGAGCCUGCGCUGCAGAAACACGCGCUGCACAGGAUCUCCGCGUGGAAGGGCAGGUUUGGACAAAGCACACCCGUGGCCGUGGAGAGCACAGCUGACCUUGUCCGGUGUCAGGUGCUGGACAGCACUGGCCAGCUGGAGGCCAAUGAUCUGGUGCUGCUCUAUGGCAUGGCACUGGUUCGAUUUGUUAAUCUCAUCACAGAAAGACAACAGAAGAAAGUCGCCAAACCCUUAAGAAGGUUAGCCAGAAAAAUAAACAUCCCAGAGUGGGUGGUAAACCUCAGGCAUGACCUGACGCACCGCAGACUCCCGUCAUUAAAGUGGUGCAGAAAAGGUUGUGGUUUUGUGCUGGACUGGCUGCAUCAGGAGUACUGGUCCCGUCAGAUGGGAAAUCAGCUCACUGAGGAUUGGAACUCUUCAUCAGAUGACGAGGGUGAAGACGAUGUUGUUAAAAGGCAUGAGGGAGAUCUUCUUAGCAGACAGAGAGAGAUUGAGGCACACAAAAAAAUCAGAGAACUUCUCAUCUCUUAUGAAAGAGAACAGUUCCAGACAUAUGAAGAGCUGGCAAAGCAUGGCGGGCAGGGUGGCGCGUGGCCAGAUGCCAGCGCUGACCUCAGCUGGAUCCUGACGCAGAUCAAACACUUCGCCACAGAGUCCAGAGACGUACUCGUUGAUGUUUUACUUCAGGAUGGAUUUCUGAUUCCCACCACAGAACAGCUGGAGUCUUUGGAUGUUGACCCUUCAGAGGACUCUGUUGAUGUGUUCUCUCCGAGCCUUCCUCGAGUGUUUUUCCACUUCUGGUUGCCAUUAUUGAGGGUUUUGAAUUCGUCUGGCUUCAUAAAUAUGAUCCUUGACAAACUGUUCAGUGAGCUGUCGAACGAGCCGUCCACUCCUAGAAUGUACUACAUCGCCUCCUGGAUCUCUGAAAUUAUACUCUGCAACAGCAAAACUGAAACGAAGGCUCACAGAAAACAAAAAGUCUCAAAGGAGAGGAUCUUUGUGAACCGAUUACAUUUUCGAUGGCACAGUCUGAUUUCAGCAUGUGUGAACGCUCCGUGUCCAGCUACACCAUUCCUUCUGCGACAGAUUUUAAAUGACAUGGACAAGCCCCUCCCACCUGAUGCUCAGAAGAACCUGCUUCAAUUGUGCAGCAUUUACACACAGGGUUAUCAUUGUGACCCGUCUGCUGGACCAUCAGACCCUGCUGAGCCUGUGUACACCCUACAGAACCUUCAGGAGAGACUGAAGAGCAACACCUCGCAGAACAGAGAUGUCCACUCCGCUAACCACACCGCCAAAACAACGCAGAUUCCGCCCACUGAGGAGCUCCAAGAGAAGCUGAGCACAGAAACUGUGCAGGAGAGGAACUCGGCUCUACAGGGAUCAGCGUGGACUGUCUGCACAGAUAAAGUCCCCUGGAAACAUUAUCCUCUAGGAAAGGUUCCAGGACAACCGGAGGACCCCUCAUGUUUAGUGGUGGAGUCGUUUUCCACAUUUACUGUGUUUGACCAGCAGGUGGAGCUGGAUCAACUCCCACAGCAACAUGGCAACAGGAGUGUUCCCAUUCAAAGCAGAGGAGCCAGUGGAUCUGAUGGGCUGCUUUGGACUCACAGUGAUAUGAGCAAACUGAAAGCUGGACUCACACUAUUCUGAGACAAACACUCGAGAUACCAAGUGGCCUGAAGAUACUGAACCACCAACCCUGUCAUAAUAAAAACCAGACUUUUGAGGGCCAAGCUGGACUGAGGCGAUUCCAAACACACAUACUAAUCUAAUCUGUUUCUUUGCUGGUUUACUGCACAGUUACUAAUAUUCAAGGUUUUGUUCACCCUAACAGAAACAUUGUGGUUUAUUCAGACCAAGAAAUAAAGUUAUUUCUAAGCUGAGAGAUUUCUGCCACCCUGUUUAAAAGUCUAUAAAGCCAACUAUGACACUUUUAAAACAUUCAUUAAAAAGGUGUGAAUAUGAAUACUUAAAAGCAGCUAAAUGGAAGUCUGCUGAAUCGUAUAUCAUAACCAGGUUCAGUUUGGGCUGUUGUUCAGAUGAACACUGAUUAGCAGACAUAGAAGCUCAGUGAUAUGUGCUUGAAAAACACUUCGUUGUUUUUGCUUGUUAUAAAGGGAUAGUUUAACCCAAAAAUGAAAAUUGUAAUUACUUUCCAUUUGCUUUGUUUAGGCCUUUUUGAGUUGGAAGCUGGAAACCCGUAGCCAUUGACUUCCAUGGUAUUUGUUUUUCUGGCUAUGGAUCUCAAGAGUUACUGGUUUUCAGCUUUCUUCCGAAUCUUCAAUUGUUUUCAGAAGAAAUUCAUAUUAAUGACCAGUUAAAACUGAGUAAAUUAUUUACUUCCUGUGUAAACUACCCUUUAAGCAGUCGUAGACGAGCUU